UUAUUUAUAUUUAGUUGACCUUCACUGAUCCAUAAUAUUAUAAAUUUUAGAUUAGGUUACUAAACUUUUAUUUACUUUCGUAACACUCUCUUCUAAAAGAUCUAUUAACCAUUUGCAUUUAAAACAAAUAUGAAUGCCACUAUUGUGAUAUUAUGUGUCUUGAUUGCCAGUUUUGUUUGCCUACAGGCAGCUCCACCAGCAAGAAAAACCUCGGCCGAAAAGCGUGAAGAUAUGAAACAACGUACGGUAAUAGGACUUUCGUGUUUAAAGGAAACCAAACUGGAUAGAUCAGUUGUUGAGAAAGCCAUGGCCCAAUUAGGUCAUUCAGAAGAUCCAAAGUACAAGGAUUUCCUAUCAUGCAGUUAUAAAAAGCAAGGUUACCAAGACGAAAACGGUAAUAUUUUAUACGAAAAUAUUAGCAAUUUUUUGAGCAACUAUUACAAAGCUGAUAGUCUUAAAAUAGUUGAGAAAUGCAAGGGAACAACUGGUUCUAACCAUAGUGAAAUGGCGUAUAACGCAAUGAGGUGUGUUAUAUCAACGCUCAACGACAUUCCAGACGAAGAGUUGAUAUAACAUUCACAUACUAGCAAAUUUUUAAAUUAUUUUCUACCAUUACUUGCUAUUAAAAAAUAAUUUGUGUAAUUUAAUUUAUUAUUAUUUAUGUUUAAUAAACUCUUUUAAAUUGUU